AUGGAUCUCAGAGGAUUGCUUUUGGUCCUUGUUGCGGGGUUGUUUUGUUGCGUUGCCAAUGCCAAUUUGGUUUUCCCUGUUGAACGAAAAUUCAAAGGUCCUCAUUCGAGUUUAGGUGCUAUCAAAGCUCAUGAUGCUCGUCGCCGAGGUAGAUUUCUUUCUGCAAUCGAUGUUCCUCUUGGUGGCAAUGGCCUUCCUUCUUCAACUGGGCUGUAUUUUACCAAACUUGGGCUUGGCUCUCCCCCAAAGGAAUACUAUGUGCAAGUUGAUACAGGAAGUGACAUUCUAUGGGUGAAUUGUCUUGGCUGCACAUCAUGUCCGAAGAAAAGUGGUCUUGGUAUGGACCUGACCCUCUAUGAUCCAAACGACUCCAAAACUUCAAAUGUGGUUUCUUGUGAAGAUGAUUUUUGCACUUCCACAUAUGAUGGUCCUGUUUCUGGUUGCAAACAAGACAUGUCCUGCCCAUAUGGCAUAACUUAUGGAGAUGGAAGUACAACGUCUGGUUCCUUUGUGAAGGAUUAUCUUACAUUUAACCAAGUUAAUGGUAAUCUCCGUACAGUACCAAAAAAUAGCAGCGUGAUUUUUGGGUGUGGUAAUAAACAAUCUGGGACUUUGAGUUCAUCUUCUGAUGAAGCCCUUGAUGGAAUAAUGGGUUUUGGACAAGCAAAUUCUUCCGUGCUUUCGCAGCUUGCUGCAUCUGGAAAGGUGAAAAAAAUAUUUUCACACUGCCUUGACAGUGUUAAUGGAGGAGGAAUAUUUUCGGUAGGGGAAGUGGUGGAUCCAAAAUUUAAUACAACUUCAUUGGUACCAAGAAUGGCACACUAUAAUGUGGUUUUGAAGGACAUUGAGAUUGAUGGGGACUUUCUACAGCUUCCCUCAGAUAUAUUUGAUUCUGGAAAUGGGAGGGGAACAAUAAUAGAUAGUGGUACAACCUUGGCUUAUAUUCCAGCUACAGUUUAUGAUCAACUAGUGCCUAAGGUUUUGUCUCGCCAGUCUGGAAUGAAAUUAUAUCUUGUUGAGGAACAAUUUACUUGUUUUCGUUAUACCGAAAAUCUUGAUGAUGGAUUUCCUGUUGUCACGUUUCACUUUGAGGGGCUUUCUCUGGUAGUUUAUCCUCACGACUACCUGUUCCUGCUUAAAGAGGAUAUGUAUUGUAUUGGCUGGCAGAAAAGUGCAGACCAAACUAAAAGUGGAAAGGACCUGAUUCUUCUUGGAGAUUUGGUGCUGUCGAACAAAUUAGUCGUAUAUGAUCUUGAAAAUAUGCUCAUUGGAUGGACAAAUUACAAUUGCUCUUCCAGCAUUAAAGUGAAGGAUGACACAACUGGAUCUGUAUAUACAGUGGCUGCACACAACCUUUCUUCAGCUUCCACCGUGUUAAUUGGAAGAAUAUUGACGUUCUUUUUGUUGCUUAUUGGCAUGCUAAACAUUUAA